CUGGCCUGGUGUCCUGCUAGGUCUUUCUUCUCAGCUGGUUUCCAACCUCUUCUUGCACACCUUGUCCUUAUCCAUCGCCACUUCUCUUGAUUCAACCAUGGCGACUUCGGAAAUCUCGGAUGAGAAAAAGCCCGCCGACUUGGGCGAGCCUCUGAAGGUCGAAAUCCUCGGCGACAACGAUGACAGAGACAUGGCCCGCAUGGGCAAGAAGCAGGAGUUCCAGCGCAAUUUCAACUGGAUCAGCAGCGUUGGCUUCACCUCCUGCACAAUGGGCACCUGGGAGUUUGUCGCUUUGAACAACUUCCAAAUGCUGGUCGAUGGCGGCACUGCGGGGAUGUUUUGGAGUUACUGUUGGGUUAUCCUGGGCCAAUUUUUCAUCGUCCUGAGUUUGGCAGAGAUGUCGUCCAUGGCUCCGACUGCCGGCGGACAGUACCACUGGGUAAGCGAAUUCGCCUCGAAGAAAUACCAGAAGGUCUUGAGCUACACUUCGGGAUGGCUCAGCUCCCUUUGCUGGCAGUCGUUCGUUGCCUCGGACUGUAUGUUCGCCGCCCAACUUCUCAUGGCGCUCGCCCAGAUCCACGACCCGAAUUUUGUCAUCAAGAAUUGGUAUACUGCUCUGUUGAGCAUUCUGAUCGCUACCAUUGUCACCUCGGUCAAUGUCUGGGGGGCGACGAAGCUCGCGCUAUUCGAAAACGUCUUCGUCGCGUUGCAUGUUGCCUCGUACUUUGUUGUUAUCAUCACCAUCUGCGUCACCUCGCCCAAGAACGACGCAAAGGAGGUUUUCACCACGUUUACCGAUAAUGGCGGGAAUUAUCCCCUGAUGGGUCUUGCUGUCAUGGUUGGACAGGUACCGGCCAUGUGGAAUGUGCUGGCUUCGGAUGCUGUUGCCCAUUUGUCCGAGGAGGUGCGCAAUGCUAGCGAAGUCACGCCCAAGACCAUGUUUUGGGCCUACAUGCUCAACAUCCCUCUCGCUUUCGGCAUGCUCAUCGCCUUUUUGUUUUGCAUGACCGACGUCGCCACCGCCACCACCGAGGCAUUCCCCUUUGUGUGGAUCCUGCAAAACUCGCUGAGCCCGGCGGGCGCCCAAGCCAUUACGGCCAUCUUGUUCAUCCUGGUACUCAUGAUCGCCAUAAGCUGCUUUGCCUCGACCUCCCGACAGCUUUUCGCCUUCGCCCGCGACGACGGCAUGCCGUUCUCCACCUGGAUGAAGAAGGUCAAUCCGCGUCUGAAAGUUGCCGCGAAUUCGUGCUUUGUCACCUGGGGCUACAGCGUGGUUAUGAGCCUGGUGUAUCUUGGGAGUCCGAUCGCAUUCAACGCCAUCAUCAGCCUGGCCAUCGUGGCCCUCAUGGCCACCUACGCCAUUAGCAUUGGCUGUGUCCUUUGGCGCCGCCUCACGCUCCCGGAAACCUUACCCCCAGUCUUUUGGAGCUUGCACCGCUGGGGUGUGGCGGUCAAUGGGAUAGGUCUCGCAUAUGCUGUUUUCGCCUUCUUCUGGGCCUUCUGGCCUAUUUACUGGGAACCGAACGCUGAAGAGAUGAAUUUUGCCAUUGUCCUCUUUGCAGGCGUCAUGUUAAUUUCUGCCAUCAACUACUUUGUCAGCGCACGUCGCAAGUAUAAAGGUCCUGUAGCGACAUGCGAAGGGCGACAAGAGGAUUAUUAGCAUUCAACAUUCAUGGUUCAAGUCGACUUGCUCCGUGUUUUUCUAGUAGACCAUGUCUGGAGGGAAUGUCUAAGGAGGAGCAAGUCUUCGCCGCGCAUUUAACUCAACGCUGCUCUGAUAGUAAAUAAACGGGUCUAGGAUAGAUACUACUCAAGGG